AUGACCGGUGGCUGGCGGAGGGCAACACACUGCUCCUGUGGCGACUGCGCUACGAGGACUCGGGGCGCUACAGCUGUUACAUGGGGGGCCGCCCGCUGCGCUCCCUGCGACUGCUGGUGGAAGGUGGGUCCGGGCUGGGACGGGGGCUUCCCUCACAGUAUCGCCCAGUCCGGCGUCCCCUGUCCUCCAGCGCCUCCCUGCCUUGCAGAGCCCCCUGAAACUCCCCGGGUCUCCUGCUACCGGCGGAGCCAUGACAAAGAUGUCCUGUGCGAGUGGCCGCUGCAGGCGAAGCCAUCCCCAGGGACGCGGGCGAUGCUUUGGGUGAAGCGGAGGUUCGCGGCUGAGAAUGCCACAGAGCAGCGGUGCCGCUACUUCUCCAAGGCGCGGAAGUUUGUUUGCCGGGUGAAGGUGCCACCCGGCGCUGAUGACACCAAACCUCUCGUGGUGUCCACGUGUGUCAGUAAUGGCGCCGGCAGCUUGGCCGGUGAGGACAGGAUCAUCACCCUCAGCAGCAUCCCAGUGAAGCCCGACCCUCCCCUCAAUGUGACAGUGGAGGCACUGGAGAAAGCACCGCAGCAGUUGCGCGUCAACUGGUCCUACCCCUUGUCCUGGGACCCCCGCUUCUACUGGCUCCGCUUCCAGGUCCGCUACCGCCCCGAGCCUGCCGAGACCUUCACGGAGGUGGAACAGGUGAUGACAACAUGGCUGGACAUCCGUGACGCCUGGCGAGGGACGCGUCACGUGGUGCAGGUGCGGGCGCAGGAGGAGUUUGGCCACGGCGCGUGGAGCGAGUGGAGCCAGGAGGUGGUGGGCACCCCCUGGACAGACCCCAGGGACCUCACCUCUGAAAUGGGACCCUUCAGCUCACAGUUCCCCAUGGAGGAUGGCACCUAUGGGGUCACGCUGCCCCCCGAGCUCUUCGGGGAAGUUGCUGCUGAUGGUGCUGGUGGGGCUGUCAUGGAAGCCAGUGCCCGCUCCAUGGCAUCCCCCUACGCCUUCCUGGUGGCCGGGGGGAGCCUGCUCCUGGGCAUCGCCCUCUUUGUUGGCAUCGUGGUGAGGUACAAGCAGACAUGGCGGAGGGGUGGGCGGCAGGGGGCCAAGCAGGAAGGCGAGGCGCAGCACGUGCUAGUGCCCCUGGGCCCCCCCAGCCCCCCACUCAGUGAGACCCCCCUGCUCUUGCCCCCUGGCCCCCUGGCCCCUGGGGCUCUCCAUGUCACCAAUUUGGACUAUUUCUUCUCAGAGCAGUAGCCGGGGGCUGGAUGCACUGGCAAGUGCCUGCAGGUUGGGCGGGGGUCCCGGGGCUGGGAUGUGGCCCCGGGAACAGCCCAGCCCCCGCCCCCGAUCUGGGGGUGCUGAAAGCCACCCCCAGGUCUCAGGGCUGGGAGCAGCCUCUGAGGAGGGGGAUCAGCGUUGGCCCCAUGGAGAACCAGCCAGGGCGGUCCCCAAGAUGGGUCCCGAGGGGGCAGCUCCGGGGCCGUGGCCAGGGUGGGGUGGCUGGGGGUGAAGGCACUGGAAGCACGGCCGCAUAGGAGCGUGGGAGCAGGGCUGGGCUCUGCCCGUGGGGCCGGGUUUGGGGGUCCCGCGGGGAAGGGCCUAGCCCCCACAGUGCCGCGGGUGUCAGGGAGUGGGGGGCCUGGCUGGAUCAGCCCCAUCCCUCUGCCCCGCCCCCCCCCCCCGGGGCUUAUUUUUAAAGCACGUGUUGGGGAAAUGUGGCAAACCGUGACUC